AUGGAGUGGAUCAAUGCCAGCUUGGGAGAAGACUUCAUCCUGAUUGGCUUCUCCAACUGGCCUGGACUUGAGAUGGCCCUUUUAGGGGUGGUCCCCACCUUCUACUUCCUGGCCUUGGUGGGCAACUUGGUCAUCAUCCUAGUGUCCCUUGUGGACCCCCACCUCCAGACCCCCAUGUAUCUCUUCCUCAGCCACCUCUCCUUCUUGGACCUGUGUCUCACCACCAGCAUCACCCCCAUGAUGUUGGCCAAUCUGCAUCACAGAGACCAAGUCAUCACCCACAGAGGCUGCAUUGCCCAACUGUACACCUCCCUAGCCCUGGGGUGCACCGAAUGCGCCAUCCUGGCUGUCAUGGCCUACGAUCGCUACUUGGCAGUCUGCCAGCCCCUGCGCUACGUAGUCCUCAUGCCAACCCGGCUCGGCCACCUGCUGACCGCUGCCUCUUGGUCAGCCGGCUUCUCCGUCUCCCUGGCCCAGACGACUUUGAUGCUGCAGGUGCCCCUGUGUGGACACCGUUGGCUGGACCACUUCUUCUGUGAGCUGCCGGUCAUCCUGCAGCUGGCCUGCUGCGAUGCCCGGUGGGCCGAGGCCCAGAUGUUCGUGGCUCGGGUCAUCAUCCUGGUCAUCCCCACCUCCCUCAUCCUGGUCUCCUACGGCUGCGUCGCCCGGGCCGUCCUGCGGGUGAGGUCGGUGGCGGGGCGUCACAGGGCCUUUGGGACCUGUGGGUCCCAUCUCACGGUGGUCUCCCUGUUCUUUGGCCCUGCCAUCUGCGUCUACCUGCAGCCCACCUACUCCUCCUCCCAAGAGCAAGGCAAGUUCGUUUCCCUCUUCUACACUGUGGUCACCCCCCUGCUCAACCCUCUCACCUACACCCUGAGGAACAAGGAGGUGAAAGAGGCCAUGCGAAGGCUUCUGGGAAGAGGACAAAAAGGAGCUUAA